ACCGGCGGAUGGGGUGCGCCCACACCUCCCGGACCCAUACAACACAUGCAACCGCAGCAACAGCGCCGACCGCCCGGACAGGGAUUCAAUAUGAGACCGCACUUGCAGCCCAUGUCUGGGCCGACCGGCAAACGGGGCAAUCAAGGGGGCGGUUGGGAGGGGCCGCCCAACAAGCGCUUCAAUAAUAAUAAGGGCAAUCGCGGCGGUGGACAGGGAGGCGGCAAUUGGCGUCAAGGGGGCGGACAUCCAAACAAACAGAACCGGAACUUCAAUAACCGAAACAAUAACCGAAACAAUAGUAAUAAUCGGGAACUAAACCGAAGCAAACAAAAUGAUACACAACUGGAAAGACGACAACAACACGAUUUGGCCCAAAAGUCUGCAGAAUCUCUCGUCAAUAAGUAUUUGUUGGCUGUGUUUGGAUACGUUUGCCAGGUUUGCAGUGUAUUCCUGAAGGACAAGAGCGCUCGUUUCGAUCACUGCCACAGCGAAGACCACUUAAAGAAGUUCAAUGCGGCAGAAGAGGAGCGCAUUAAGAAAGAGGAGUCGGACAAGAAAACUACAGACACUUCUGCCACCACUGCUACCGAUGCACAGAAAGUGAGCACUGAUAAGAAGACUCCAGAGGUUGAAAACGGAGAUAAAACCGAUGCGAAAGACAAUCAAACUGUCGCAGAGAAUGCAGUCGACGCUAAUGCAAAACCAAGUGAUGAACAAAAAGAGCCCAAUAAUCCACCGGAAGAAAUAAAAUCUGAAGAGAAGGCAGUCAUUGCAGACCAACUCAAUGACGGAAAGGAUGAUAAAACUGUUGAAUCCAAUCCCCCAACAGGUGCAGCCGAAACGCCAGCCCCAGCCCCAGUCCCUACAGCCGUUGCUGUGGCUCCCGUGACUCCCGUUGCGCCGGCACAGGCCAACCAACCCAUAAAUAACUACUCGGGCGGAGACUUUAACCAGAAUAGAGGCCGCGGUUAUCAGAGAGGAGGAAGAGGUGGAAAUCAAGGCCGAGGCCGUGGUGGGGGUCGGGGACGCAAUCGCGGUCGUGGCCGCAAAUGAUUGACCCGAACGCUCGCUUUCCCAUGAAUUUGAGUGUUGACUGAUCUGACUCUCGCUUUUGAGAUUACUUUUAGAGAAAAUCGUCGAAUUUGAGACCAGUUUCUACUCAUUUUACUUAUAUUUCAACAGUAAUUUUCGCACACAUUUUGUUUGAUCACUUAAUUUAAAUAAUAGCGUUUAGUUUAAGUUGUAUUUUUUAUCUCAUUUUUGUUUUUAUAUUUUUACUUCAUUUACAUUUACCGUAGAAAUAAUUGCCCAAAUCAUUGAUUAGUUGUG